CUUUACCAUCAAACAUAUAGUCAUUUAUUGAACUUGACUAAUUAUUAGCCAAUGAUUCUCUCCGGAUGCCUAUAUAAACAAGCUACUAUCUGAAAUCCUUCAUAAACCAAGUUCUCUGAUUACCAAUUUGUUAGUAUCAGGAAUUCAGGAUGGCUUUGAAGGUGCAUGGACUUGCCAAAGCGAUGUCAGUAUCAUGUGUGAUGCUUUGUCUGGCAGAGAAAGAAUUAGACUUUGAGUUUGUAAAUGUUAACUGCUCCAAAGGGGAACAGAAAUUGCCUCCGUUUCUGUCCAAAAAUCCAUUUGGAAAGAUUCCGGUAUUUGAAGAUGGUCCUAUCACACUUUUCGAAUCUCGAGCGAUCACCCGAUACAUAGCUCAAAAAUACAAGGAUAUUGGUACGGAUUUGUUUGGACAUGAUAAGAUUGAAGAAGCUGCAGUGGUUGGAGUAUGGAUAGAAGUUGAAUCACAACAUUUCAACCCUCCAAGUUUCGCAAUCAUCUAUGAAAUGUUCGUUGGGCCUCUUUUCGGACUCACGGUUGAUCAGUCAGUUGUAAAUCUGAAUAUAGAGAAGCUCGAAAAGGUGCUUGAUGUUUACGAAGCUAGACUUAGCAACUCUAAGUACCUUGCAUGUGAUUCGUUCUCACUUGCAGAUCUCCAUCAUCUUCCUAACAUUUACUACUUGAUGAAGAUCACUCCUUGUGCGGAUCUAAUCAAUUCUAGGGCUCAUGUUAAGGCAUGGUGGGAGGAUAUUUCAGCUAGACCCUCUUUUGUUAAGGUUGCUCAAGGACUUACUUUGGGUGAAUGAUAUUGAAGACAGAGAACUAUCAACAGAUUGAUUGUUUGUAACAAAAAAAAAAUGAUGGGAUUUUUAAUUAAAUACUUCUUUCUAAUGUUCCUUAGAGGUUUGUGUUUCAAUUGUGAUGAUUUGCAUGUUACCUUGAAAAGACACUAGAUAAAUGGGUGGAUCAACGGAUCCUUUCUAACUUAUGUCUUAUGUUAGCUAUGUUUUUGAAAAAAAUCCAUAGCAAAUGGUUGGAUUUCUA